GGUCGACCUUCCCCCGGGAUUGGCGGGGUCCGGCGUCGGCGCGGCUCUGCGAAAUCAGAAGCAGGGGGAGAUGUCUCUGCGCUGCGGGGGUGCCGCCCGCACCCUGGGGCCCCGGGUAUUUGGAAAAUAUUUAUACAGCCCCAUCAGAACAUUAACUUCUUUGCCAGAUAAAAAAAAGGAAUUGUUACAGAAUGGACCAGACCUACAAGAAUUUGUAUCUGGUGAGCUGGCAGACAAGAAUACCUGGGAUGAGUAUAAAGGAAACUUAAAACGCCAGAAAGGAGAAAGGUUAAGAUUACCUCCAUGGCUAAAGACAGAGAUCCCUAUUGGGAAAAAUUACAAUAAACUGAAAAAUACAUUGAGGAAUUUAAAUCUCCAUACAGUAUGUGAGGAAGCGCGAUGUCCGAAUAUUGGAGAAUGUUGGGGGGGUGGAGAAUACGCCACUGCCACAGCCACAAUCAUGUUGAUGGGUGACACAUGCACAAGAGGUUGCAGAUUUUGUUCUGUUAAAACUGCGAGAAACCCACCUCCGCUGGAUGCUAAUGAGCCCUCUAGCACUGCAAAGGCAAUUGCAGAGUGGGGUCUGGAUUACGUUGUCCUGACAUCUGUGGAUCGAGAUGAUUUGCCUGAUGGCGGAGCGGAGCACAUUGCAAAGACUGUGUCAUGCUUAAAGGAAAGAUCGUCUCUCCGUGAAGCUGAUGUAGACUGUUUAACUUUGGGACAAUAUAUGCAACCCACAAAGCGCCAUCUUAAGGUUGAAGAAUAUAUUACUCCUGAAAAGUUCAAGUACUGGGAGAAAGUAGGAAAUGAACUUGGAUUUCAUUAUACAGCAAGUGGACCUUUGGUGCGUUCUUCAUAUAAAGCAGGUGAGCAGGACUGCAGGGGAUGGUUUUUGUAGGCCAUUAACUUUUCAGUGUAAGUCCUG